AUGAAGACAUGUGAUGAUAGAUGCAGGACACUGGACUUGUUGGUGGAGAUCGCCGCCAUAGAAUACGGUACUCGUGCUACUGAGGAAGUCAACUCCAAGUCUUCUAGUUGUUAUGAUGAUUCGCUAAAUUCAAAAGAAACGACGAAGAAGCUUGAUAGUAGUCCUAGGGUUUACUCAUCACCACCGAGUAGUAAUUGGGAGCUGAUGAUGUUGGCCUAUGUCGCCACCAUGCCAGAGGACGAAAUACCAAAGCCCCGUGACGAAGAAAAUGCGAGAAUCUUUGUGUAUAUUCCUAGAAAAAUGAGAACUCAACAGAGCCAUCACCGAUCAUCUUCCAUGGCAACAACACCAUGGACUCGUGCAAUCGAAAAACAGAAGAAGAGAGAAGAGGGAGAAGAAGAAGAGAGAAGCCUCAAGAGACUCAAAAUCAUUCGCAGCUUUGAGGUGGGAUCAUCAUCAUCAUCUUCGAUAACACAAAACCCUAGUACCUUAGGUUUGGAUUCUUUUCCUUCUUCUUGCGUCACCGAGUGCAAGAAACGCAAAACCGUUCGUCGUUUAGAUGUGGAACCCUCGCAUACGACGCCGCCUGAGUGGCUCGUGGAAGUGAUGAUGAGAGAAGAUAACGGAUACAAUCCGAAGCUGAUCAUAGCGAGGAAAAUGUUUAAGAGUGAUAUCGACAAAGGACAGUCACGUCUCUCACUGCCUUUAAACCAAAUGGCUAACACUGACUUCUUGACGGAGGAGGAAGCAACAACCAUACACCAACAGUCGGUGUUGAAGAGUCGUAAGAAAGGUGCGAGUAUGGUUUUGGUUGAUCCUCUGAUGAAUAAGCAUGACCUUGAUUUGAGGAUGUGGACUAUGGGUGGAAACUGGAAUUUUGUCUUUGCUGGUGGUUGGAACAAUGUCGUUGCCGCCAACAGGUUUAAUGUCCACGAGGUCUACCAUGUCUGGUCUUUCCGAUCCGGAGGAGGAAAGCUAUGUUUUGCUCUCGUCACUCCUCCUCCUCCUCCGAUGACAAACUCCGGCAAUGGCGUCUCUGCUUCCGGUGAAUCUGGCCAUGGAUGCUCUCCUACCGGCGUUUCUCUUUGUUCUUGA